CCGUUCUUCCCAACCGCAGGCACUACUGUCAACCUACAGUCUCCCUGGAGGCGGCCAGCAAAUCCCCUCUACGCCCCUCAAACUCCAGACCCUCCAUUUCAAUUUACUUUCGUCUUCUACCCUACCCCCAACAAUUGGCUCUGAACCAACCCAUUUCCUUUGUCUUCCAAUUUUCUGAGCUUCUCCUCAUACCGGCCUGGGUUCCGCCAUUCCCAGGAGCUGCCCAAGCUGCUCUGCUCCUGUUUGUUCCAAUCCUGCCCCAGGCCAGCAGCUUUUAGAUCAUGCCUGGAGCUGAGCUUGCCCAGAGUCCGGAGGAAGGCAGCAGGUGCAUUACGGAAGCCCUUAUCACUAAGAGGAACUUGGCCUUCCCUGAGGAUGAGGGUCUGUCAGAGAAGAUGUUUCACACGCUUGCUGAACUGCAGACUGUCCGCCUGGAUCGGGAGGGAAUUACCACUAUCAAGAACCUAGAGGGCCUCCAGAAUCUUCACAGCCUCUAUCUGCAAGCGAACAAGAUCCAGCGAAUUGAGAACCUGGCCUGCAUCCCCUCCUUGCGCUUCCUGUCUCUGGCAGGAAACCAAAUCAGGCAGGUGGAAAACCUCCGCGACCUCCCACACCUCCAGUCUCUGGACCUUUCGGAGAACCUGAUAGAAGUACUGAAGCUGGAUGAAUUCCCCGAGAGCCUUCUCAUCCUCAACCUGACUGGAAACAGCUGCACCGCCCAGGAUGGCUACAGGGAGCGGGUGGUAGAAGCCCUGCCCCUGCUCCUGUACCUGGAUGGGCAGCCGGUGUUAGAGCGCUGGACCUCGGACGAGGAGGAUAAAGCCUCAAGCGAUGAGGACGAGGAGUUCCCGGAGCUGAGUGGCCCGUUCUGCUCAGAGCGAGGCUUCCUCCAGGAGCUGGAGCAGGAUAUGAGAAGGCACCGGGAGCGCAGGCAGCAGACAGCCCUGCUCGAGCAUCUUCUGAGGGUGGAGACACAGCCCGCCCUCACCGACCUCCCCCCACUGCCAAGGGCACCCAUGGCUGGGGACAGCAGUCCUUCAGUCACUCCCAAGCUAGGGAAGGACACAUCCCCGGAGCCUGCCUCCUUGCCACAAGCCUCUUCUGCCACCAAGAAAUCAUGCCCUCUGGUUUCCAGGGGCCAGCAAAGCACUGUGCAGGCAGGGAAGGGGGCCAGAGCAGCCUCAGCCCCUAAAGCCCCUCUUGGGGGGGCCCCCAGCAUGACUAAAACUGUAACCAAAAGAAUCAAGAAAUGAAGUGCAGCCCAUUGCUAUCAGCAAAGCCCAAGGAACACAGAGGAACAAGGGGUAGAAUAGCCCCCCAUCUUCAGAGCCCUCGCUUGUGGCAGGAGCCUGUCCCCAAUAAAGUGUCUCC